AUGGAAUCUGCUGUGCUUGACAUGUUACAGCCUCAUACAAAGCUCAAGGAGCUCACCAUCAAGAGUUAUGCCGGAAAGGAAUUUUCAUCAUGGGUUGCAGUUUUUUUGUUCUCUAAUGUGGUGCUUGUGCGGUUAGAGGAGUGUAACAAUUGUUUAUCGUUGCCACCUCUUGGACAAUUGCCUCAUCUCAAAGAACUUUAUAUUAGAGGAAUGAAUGCAGUGGAAAGUGUUGGUGCUGAGUUUUAUGGAGAGUGCAUCUCGCCUUUUCCGCUAUUAGAGACUCUUGAGUUUGUGGAUAUGCAGCAUUGGAAGGAAUGGCUUCCUUUCCAAUUGGAUCAUGGAAAUGGUGUUUUCCCUUGCCUGAAAACGCUCUUUGUAAAAAAAUGUUCAAAACUGGGGGGUAAGUUGCCAGAGAACCUCAAUUCUUUAGCAAAGCUUGGAAUUGUUAAAUGUGAAGAAUUAGUGGUUUCAAUUGCCAACUACAAACAACUUCGUCAGUUAAACAUUGACUGUUGUAAAGUGUUGGUGCAUACAGCUGCUAAGGUUGAGUUUGAGUUGUUAGAGUCCUUGUGCCUUUCAAACAUUUCAGAGCUGAUGUGUCUGCAAACAGGGGAAUUGUUCCAGAAGGGAUUAAGCAAGUUUAGAGAUUUGAAGAUUAAUGGAUACAACUCUCCUCUAGUUGAAGAAUUGGGAAAAGAAGCAGAUGAGUUGCUGCAAUUGCAAAUAUUGGAGUGCAAGCUUGAAGGACUGGAGCCAAAGAAGUGCAAAAAUAUUUUAAAGCUACCAAAAGGGUUAAAUCAGUUGUUGUCUCUUCAACAGCUUUGCAUACACAAAUGUCUACGUCUAGUUUCUUUUGAGGAUGUUGGUCUGCCACCUUCUCUUAAAGACAUCAAGAUUACAGAGUGCCAUUCGAUGAUAUAUUUGGCAAAAUUUCAGAUUCCCCAAAAUCUCGGAAGAAUACAGAUAAGUGACUGUAAAAGUUUGAAAUCACUAGUAGAUGAGGAGGUUGUUGGUUCUUCUCUGUUGUCUUCUCACAUUUGUCUUGAAUACUUGAAAAUCCAGGAAUGUCAAUCUCUGACGUUGUUAUCAUUGAGCGGCCAGCUUCUUAGGACACUUAAACACCUUGAGAUAUACGAUUGUUUACAGCUGGAGUUAAUUGUACAGGACGGGUUCUCCCACUACAACACUAAUCAGUGUCUUGAAUAUAUAAGGAUCUGGAAGUGCCAAAAUCUGAAAUACUUACCGGAUGGCUUAUGCCACCUCAUCAAUCUUCAAACGUUGGAUAUUUAUUACUGGGGAAGUCUUGUUUCUAUCCCCGGACUGAGUGGGGGGAGAAGAGCCUUCAACCUGAGAGAGAUCAAGAUAACCGAUUGCGACAAAUUGGAGGUGUUACCCGAAGCCAUGCACAAUCUCAACUCUCUUGAGGAAUUGACCAUCAACUACCGUGAAGGUUUGAGUUGCUUCUUUCCCUCCAACCUCACAUCACUUACAAUUUGGAAGGUCAAAAGCUGUAAGUCAUUAUGGGAGUUAGAGUGGGGAUUGCACAGACUCACCUCUCUUAGAAAAUUAUGGAUCUACGGUAAUGACCCGGAUACGGUUUCGUUUCCACCCGACGUGGUCCAGAAGGAGCCGCUCCUCCCCAAAUCUCUUACUGGACUAUUAAUUUGUGGUUUCCCGAAUCUGAAGAAACUGAGUAGCAAGGGCUUUCAAUCCCUAACGUUUCUUGAAUCUCUGCAUCUCUCCAGUUGUCCACAGCUAGCAUCCAUUCCAGAUGAGGGUCUUCCUCCUUCACUUACACAACUUCUUAUCUCUGGGUGUCCUGUGCUAAAAGAGAGACGCGAACGAGGAAAAGGACGCUACUGGCACAAAGUAUCCCACAUCCCUUACAUAGCAUAG